UCUUUCUGGCGUAAUUACAAUGUUUAUGAAAUCAAUUCGGCCUGUGUUGAGGUGUAGCUCCUUCCCACUUGUCUCCCCGGGGGUCACACCGGCUGCGGGAUGGGUAAAUCCUCAUGUACAUGGAUCACUAACUCCGCCCGGCCCAGCCGCCACGUCAAAGACCGCCAGCGACAGAACAAACGAGCGCACCCUGUGAUCCCACUGACUGUCGGUGAAUGAAAACUGAUAAACAAAGAACCGGCGACUUGUCAGGAAAACACACAACGCUCCUCAAGCUCCACGGAAACAUGGAAACUGGUCUGAGUCAGGAGAAGGUCGCCACCUUCCUUAAGCGACUGCGGGCCGAGCCGCGCUACCUGUUGGCCCAGAAUGUGUCGACCUGCAUUGACCCGUUGGAGGUUUGUCUGCACCGGCAGACUGUCCAGGAUACUGUGCACAUCUUCCAGCACUCUAUCCCCACAGAGGGCAAGCCCGUCACCAACCAGAAAAACUCAGGGAGAUGUUGGAUCUUCUCGUGCCUCAACGUCAUGCGACUUCCCUUCAUGAAGAAGUUUAACAUAGAGGAGUUUGAGUUUAGUCAGUCCUAUCUCUUUUUCUGGGACAAGGUUGAACGUUGCUACUACUUCCUCCAGGCCUGUGUGGAGACAGCACAGAGGAAGGAGCCAGUGGACGGACGCCUGGUCCAGUUCCUGCUCUCCAAUCCAACCAAUGACGGAGGACAGUGGGACAUGCUGGUCAACCUCAUUGAAAAGUAUGGCGUCAUCCCAAAGAAAUGCUUUCCAGAGUCACACAGCUCAGAGGCCUCACGCAGAAUGAAUGACAUCCUUAAUCAUAAGCUGAGAGAAUACUGCCUAAGACUGAGGAACAUGGUGGCCAGUGACGCUACUAAAGCGGAAAUAUCUGAUGCUGUGGACACCAUGAUAGAGGAGGUGUUCCGGGUGGCCAGUGUUUGUCUAGGCAGCCCUCCUGAGACCAUAAGUUGGGAGUACAGGGACAAGGACAAGAACUUCCAUCGCAUGGGACCCCUCACCCCUCAGGAGUUCUACACGGAGCACGUGAAACCCCUAUACAACAUUCAGGACAAAGUCUGCCUCGUGAACGACCCUCGACCUCAGAACCCUUACGGGAAGCUGUACAGUGUUGAGUUCCUAGGCAACAUGGUUGGGGGCCGCAGCACUCUGUACAACAACCAACCCAUCCAGCUGCUUAAAAAGGCUGCCGCUGAUUCCAUCAAGGAGGGAGAGGCCGUGUGGUUUGGUUGUGACGUCGGGAAACAUUUCCACGGCAAACUGGGCAUCAACGACAUGAAUGUGUUCAACCAUGAGCUCGUGUUUGGAGUUUCGGUGAAGAACCUCUCUAAGGCAGAGCGGCUGAUAUAUGGGGACUCUCUCAUGACCCACGCUAUGAUCCUCACUGCUGUCACAGACAAGGACGGGAAAGAAAGCUAUGAGAAGUGGAGGGUGGAAAACUCUUGGGGCGAUGACCGUGGGAACAAAGGUUACCUCAUCAUGACGGACGAUUGGUUCUCCGAGUAUGUAUACGAGGUGGUGGUAGACAAGAAGUUCCUCUCUCCUGAUGUCCUGGAUGUGAUGCAACAGGAGCCCAUUGUACUUCCUGCCUGGGACCCAAUGGGAGCCCUGGCAUAACUACAGAAAUCCAGGUUUUAACCCCAACCUCUGGUCUAUUUGACUCCGCCCUAUUUCUCGGCUGCUUUUACCUCUCCAAUAUUUCCCCCACACCUCCUUCCAAGACAGCCUGAACUUCUAGACAAAAUAAUAAAGAUUUUGUUUUCUUUUUUACUGGA